GGUCGAGAUCACCCACGUGGUAGCAUAAAAAGUACACAAAAGUGUAUAAAAAACAUCAUGUCUUCCAAGUUCAGUUACAAGUUCUCCAACCUAUGUGGAGCUGUGUACAAGCAAGGCAAUGUGGAGUUCACUAAAGAUGGCAACAGUGUACUGAGCCCUGUUGGCAACAAAGUGUCUCAAUUUGACCUCAAAAACAACACAUCAUGUACCUUCCCCUUUGAGAACCAGAAGAACAUCUACCGCUUCACAGUGUCACCUGACGGACUCCUCAUGAUCGCCGUGGAUGAAGAUGGAAGAGCUGUUCUGGUCAACCUCCAUCAGAAGGUGGUGCUGUUCCACUUCAACUUCAAGCAGCGUGUCCAUGAUAUCAAGUACAGUCCAAAUGGAAGAUACUUUGCGGUGACUCAUGGUAGACGUGUCCAGGUGUGGCACGCCCCCGGACACACCCACGACUAUUCCCCCUUCUCCCUGUAUCGGAGCUUCCCCGGACAAUACGAUGAAACACUCUGUCUGGACUGGUCCCAAGACUCAAAUUUCUUUGCUGUCGGCUCUCGAGACACCAGCUGUCGUGUGUACUCUGUCCAUCGUCUCCCUGGUUACCGUCAUGUGACUCUGGCUGCUCACCGCUCACCACUAGUCGCCUGCUUCUUCCAGAGAGACUCUCUCAAUGUCUACACUGUUGCUAAGGACGGUGCUCUAUGUGUUUGGGAGUGCAGUCUCUCUCUCUCAGAAAUGACCACUCUCGUCGAGAAACACCAACGCCAGAAGAGGGGAGGGGCUGAACUGGAGGGAGGAGAUAAAGGGGAAGAGAAUGAUGAAAUACCCGAUGACCCUGACGGUGACGACAUGGCUGCUAUUGAAACGGAGGGAGCAAACGAUGAUACGGACGAUCAGGAUGAAACUCCUCCCAACUCCAAGAAGCCACGCCUAUUGCCCAAUCUCUGCCACUGGAGCAAGACAGCAAAACACUUGUUCAACCAGGACGGUGCUCGUGUGUCAUGUGCCACCCUCCACCAGCCCUCAUCUCUCCUCGUGGUUGGAUUCAACAAUGGCAUGUUCUCACUCUAUGAGAUGCCAGAGUUCAAUCUCAUACACUCUCUCAGCAUUUCUGACCAGCGUAUCUCGAGUGUGGCAGUGAACUCUACAGGAGAGUGGCUGGCAUUCGGGUGUAAGGGGCUGGGUCAACUGCUUGUGUGGGAGUGGCAAUCAGAGACCUACGUUCUCAAACAGCAAGGACACUUCUAUGACAUGAACACGCUGGCCUACUCUCCUGAUGGGCAGCUGGUUGCUACCGGGGGUGACGACUGCAAGGUGAAGCUUUGGAAUACGAGCUCUGGGUUCUGCUUUGUGACGUUUAGUGAGCACUCGUCGGCUGUGACGAGCGUGUGCUUCAGUGCCUCAGGCAAAGUGGUCCUCAGCGCAUCCCUCGAUGGAACUGUCAGGGCUUUCGACCUCCACAGGUAUCGCAACUUUCGCACAUUUGCCUCCCCUCGUCCUGUGCAGUUUUCCUGUUUGACCCUUGACCCUAGCGGGGAGGUGGUCUGUGCUGGAUCACAGGACACAUUUGAAAUUUUUGUUUGGUCAAUGCAAACUGGAAGAUUAUUGGAUUUGCUUAGCAGCCACGAGGGACCUGUCAGCUCAGUGUCGUUCUCUCCGUCUCGCUCGGUCCUAGUGUCUGGCUCGUGGGACAAGAGUGUGAGGGUGUGGGACGUGUUUCAGGGGAAGGGAAGCACGGAGAAACUGAACCACAUCGCUGACGUGGUGACUUUGGCCUUCCGUCCCGAUGGUGCCCAGCUGGCUGUCUCCUCAUUGGACGCUCAGAUCACAUUCUGGGACGUGGGUACAUCAGUAGUGACAGGGUCCAUCGAGGGACGACAUGACUUGAGCGUGGGGAGGAGGGAUCUGGAUAAAGUCACCGCUAAGAAAAUGGCAGGCGGAGUGUACUUUACGAGCCUCUGCUACACUGCCGACGGGAGUUGUAUUCUCGCCGGUGGGAGGUCAAAGUUCAUCUGUAUCUACAAUGUUCGCUAUCAGGCCCUCUUGAAGAAGUUUCAAAUCUCUCGCAACCGAUCAUUUGAUGGAAUGAUGCCAUACCUGAAUAGCUCUCGUAUGACAGAGGCGGGGCCACUGGACGAGAUCAGUGAGGACGAGAGGGAGGAGGAGCAUGACCUCAAACUUCCAGGGGUCAGGAAAGGGAACAUGAGCAAGAGGAACACAAAGCCAGAGAUCAGAGUCAAGAGUGUCCAGUUCUCACCCACAGGUCGUGCAUGGGCGGCAGUCUCCACUGAAGGACUGUUGAUAUACUCACUUGAUAGGGGUGUUGUGUUUGACCCCUAUGACCUCUCGAUAGACGUCACCCCUGAGGGCGUAUCCCGUGCGAUAUCCCACGGCCAGUUCUCGGACGCCCUUAUGAUGAGCUUCCGUCUCAACGAGAGAGUGCUCAUUGUGAGGAGUGUGGAAGCCAUACCAGUGAGAGACGUCCCCCUUAUCGUGCAGAACCUUCCCGCUGUCUACAUUGAGAAGUUACUCGUCUUCCUGGCACAGCGACUGGACUCUUCACCACAUCUCCAGUUCUAUCUCACCUGGUGCGUGGAGUUGCUCACUGCACACUGCAGCCGACUGAAGGAGAGCUCUUCCUCGCUCAUGGCUCCAAUCAGAGACCUGCAGAAGAGCAUCACACAGAAGAAAGCUGAUCUGGGCAAAAUUUGUACGUCGAACGAGUACAUGCUCCAGUACUUGCUGACUAGAGGCGCCAAUGUAUCAGACAGUACACAAACAGACAUUGCCGUGCCUACAUAGCGACUGUUUGUAUUUAUUGUUUGUGCAAAAUUAAUGUACGUACGUCUUUUUCUGUAACCGCUUACUGGCAUUGUAUAUUUUAAAGACUGG